AUAAAUGGCUCUUUUAAGCUUGGAGCUGCUCGUGUUCUGUCUGGCUGGCAGAUGCAGUGCCUAGUCCCCGGCCACCAGGACAACGGCAACAUGAACGGGACGUCUGAACAGGCCGACAUCCUUCCGCCAAACUGCAUGGUCAAAGACCGAUGGAAAGUGCUGAAGAAGAUCGGUGGGGGUGGAUUCGGUGAGAUUUAUGAGGCUUUGGACUUGCUAACACGGGAAAAUGUGGCGUUGAAGGUGGAGUCAGCGCAGCAGCCCAAGCAGGUUCUGAAGAUGGAGGUGGCAGUACUGAAGAAGCUGCAGGGUAAAAACCACGUCUGUAAGUUUAUUGGCUGUGGCAGAAAUGACAAAUUUAACUACGUGGUCAUGCAGCUUCAGGGUCGUAACCUGGCAGACCUGCGGAGGAGUCAGCCCAGAGGAACCUUCACCAUGAGCACCACCCUGAGACUGGGCAAACAAAUCCUGGAGUCCAUCGAAGCCAUCCACUCAGUGGGUUUCCUGCACCGAGAUAUAAAACCGUCAAACUUUGCGAUGGGCCGACUUCCUUCCACCUACAGGAAGUGCUACAUGUUGGACUUUGGUCUGGCUCGACAGUACACCAACACCAAUGGAGAAGUCCGACCGCCCAGGACUGUGGCCGGUUUCAGAGGAACGGUCCGCUAUGCUUCAGUUAAUGCUCACAAAAACAAGGAAAUGGGUCGACAUGAUGACCUUUGGUCGUUGUUUUAUAUGUUGGUGGAGUUCGCUGUUGGACAGCUACCWUGGCGUAAAAUCAAGGACAAGGAACAAGUUGGUCAGAUUAAAGAACGUUAUGAUCAUCGGAUGCUGCUCAAACACAUGCCUUCAGAAUUUAGUGUCUUCCUGGACCACGUUCUGGCCCUGGAUUACUACACCAAACCAGAUUACCAGCUGCUCAUGUCGGUGUUUGAGAACAGCAUGAAGGAGCGAAUCAUUACUGAGAACGAGCCCUUUGAUUGGGAAAAGGGAGGAAGUGAUGCCACUCUGUCAACCAGUGCCUCCACUCAACCACAGCACAAUACCAGACCGACAGCAGCUAUGGUGGGUGCCAUAGUGACUCCGGUUCCUGGAGAUCCUCAGAGGGAAAACACGGACGACGUUCUGCAGGAUGAACACCUCAGCGAUCAGGAGAAUGCUCCUCCUCCCCCAUCGAGCCGGCCUCCUGUGGACACGGCUGUSCAGCAGAACGCAGGCGAGCAGGGAGAGGUCUGGGAGGACACAGACUUCAAUCGCAACAGACUCAGGAUCAGCCUGAACAAGGGUGCUCAGGAAGAGGAGGCAGGUCGGGGGGCCUGUCCAGUGUCACCAGUCCGAGGUGGAGCCCCCGAGUCACCAACAGGUCAGGGUCGAUCUUUACGAUACCGUCGAGUCAACAGUCCAGAGUCUGACCGCCUGUCGGCUGCUGAGGGUCGAGCUGACGGCUACGGACAGAGGUCAAGGAUGGAUAUGUUGGGCUCUCCAUCCCGUCACGUAUACUCCUCGCAGCCGGCUCAGAUGCUGUCUGUUGACCCUGGUUGCCGUGGUGAUCGUCAGGUUAGCGGACGCCAGGAGGUGUCGGUGGCUUCUGUCGACCAGGAGGCACACAGCAAUGCUUUUAUUCGGUCUGUUCCUCUGGCUGAGGAGGAGGACUUUGACAGUAAAGAGUGGGUAAUCAUCGACAAAGAGGCAGAGCUGCGGGACUUUCUUCCAACUACAUCAGGGACCACUGACGAAGAGCCUGAGGAACUCCGCCCUCUGGAGGAGCAGGAUGAGAGGAAGAGGCUCAGGGCUGGAGCCGGUGAACUGGUGGUCCGUCCGAAAACUCAAACUCGUGAGAACAGUCGGGGAAUGCUAACGUUAACAGAGGAGGAGGCAUCAAGGAGGAGUGGCGGAAGCCCUGCACAGUCGCCAUGUCACUCACUUCCGUCGGGACGUCCUCGUCGGAGAGAGUCAGAGCCCACUGGACCUCAAAGRCCGGUGUUGUCACCCACGGAGCAAAAACCCCCAUCACCAUCCUCUCCAGAUUAUCGAACAAAAGGUCAGAGUGAUGAGAUGGAGCAUUUCCACAUUCUUCCUCAGCUGCAGGCUAAGAGGGCUGACUUUCUUACUGUAAUGUUGACUGGCACCUUGCCACAGCGCCGGAGUUUUGCCACACCAGAUGAAGAGGUUCCAGAACCUCCUGGGCCAAAAGAUGAUGAUGUUACAAAGAGUGAGUCCAACAGUGAAACUAGUCAAAAAAGUACUGAACGUAGCCAAGAUGCUGCACCUUCAACCCUCAUGGCAGAGGAUCAGAGGAGCCAGAAGGAACAUGUCUCAGCUGCUGAUGCUGAUCCUGAUCUGGAGGACGUGUCCAAAACCCUUGUUCUUUUCUCACCCGGAGAUACCCGCAAGUCUCCCUCUGGUGGGGGUCAUGCUCUAGAGGGUGAUUUGGCAACACCGUCUGCACCAACCUCUCAUACAGAUCAUCUUCUGGUUGGGGAGGGGAUUCAGACUGUACCCUCUGAGACUGGCCACUUGUCAGAGCUGAGACCCUCAACUCACAUUGCUCCUGGAUCACCACCAUUCACCAAAGUUGAGCGCACUUUCAUUCAUAUUGCAGAGACAUCACACCUCAAUGUUAUGUCUUCCAAUGGUCACUCUAUAAAGGACAGUGACAAAGAAGUCUUUACUGUUACAAAGGAACUGUCCAUAGAUGUUGGCAACCAUGAACAUGUGGAAGUACCAGUGACAAAACAGACUCUAGAGGAGCGGGUACAAGAUCAAACCUUAACAGAUGACAAACAAUUAAAAACAGAAACAGGUGUUCUGGCCCUUUCUUUGGAGCCUGUCCCCAAGGACUCCUUACCAGUUCAUGAUCACAAAGCACUGUCUCAAGAACUUGAGAAACAACGAUCAUCCAYUGAUAAAGCUUUGAAGCUUCAGACUGCUGGAGUAGACUUACCAGCUGCCAUUAAGCCGAAAAUGCAAAGCAGAAUUCCCAUACUUAUCAGUGAGGAUUCAGGGUCUGAACAGUCUUCCUCCUUGUCAGCUCGAGCUCGGCUUCAGCAGCGGGCCAGGCAGCUUGACUUGACACGUUUACUGGUCCAGGAGCAACAGGGUCGAUGGAUGAGGAGGAGGAUGUUGUCGGGCACGUCAUCGUCAUUGUCCUCUGGAGAUGAUGAACGUUGGAGGAUUUCAGAAAUGUUAUCCACUACAGGCUCAGAUGAGGACAUGCAUACCUCAGAUGAAUCAAAGAGGAACUCCCAUCUUAAACAGGCUGAGGAUCAGGGUUCCAAAGGAUGCAGGAGUAAAAUUCCCAGACCUGUCACUCCCAUAAAAAGACCUGCUGGUCCAGAUGCUACUGCUGCUUCUCCUCUCUCUGUGCCAGACCCCAACAGUACCAAAGGAACAUCAGCCGUCAUCAAUGGAAAUCAGAAAACUGGACUAAGCUGCCAACGAAAACCCAAGCCUGUCUCAUUCCGAUCCUCCUCCUCAUGUCCUCGUCCAUCAGGUGUCUCUGCUCAGCCUGGUAGUCCUCGAAUGCCCCUACGUGUCCUGCUUGGAACACGUCGCAGCCUUAGUUCUACUCACUGCAGAACUGACAGUCCCUCCCCUCAAAGAGCAUGUCCGUCCAGGCAGCCCCUUUCAAUCCGAGCUCCUACUGUCCCAGUGCUACCACCCAGGACUACAACAACCAUGCGACGAAGCACCUCACAGGACRCCACUGCACAGUCCUCCUCCACCUCCAUGUCUGCCAAGACCAGACCAAAAGAAGCCACUGUGGCUAAGGGGAGGUCUAACACCAAGAAGGUGGUCCCCACUAGAUAAUACAAAGAGACUCAUGUUUGAGACCUACUGGUGUAUAAUCAAUUUUUACUCUGCGCCUCAAAGGUUUUCACCUGAUUCGUAGUAGACUGUGAUGUUGAAAUAAUCUCUGUCAAUUCAUUUAAUGUAUACAGACAUUGUAUUUUUCCAAGGACAGAUAACUGAACUGUAAUUAUGGGCUUCCAGUAAUCCUGAAUGACUGCUGUCCAGGAGUGUUGCUGCCAUGGUGCUAUGGAUAUGUCUACUGCUAUCAAUCCCUAAUUUAACUUGUGCAUUAAGCUGAGAAUUCUGGUCACCAAAAACCCUUUUCCAGAUAUUCUCACCUAACAUGCUAUUCUCAUCUUUCCACAACUAUGCUAGUCUUCUAUCAACAAUACUUUGCUUGGUUCACAUUGCAUGGUAUGCUAAAUCACAAAUGCACUGAAUCUGUAGAGGGAAAACAUUAUUAAGUGCAUUAAUAUAAUGAGUUCUGAAUUUCAAUCCAUAAAUAAAUUAAAUUAAACUGGUUUGAAUUCCCAAUUCUGCUGAAAUUAUAAAAAAAUACAAGCUUUAUCCUGUACUUAAAAUAGCCUCUAAUAAAUAAAAAAGUGGACACAAAACAAAUAGCUCACUUGACUUUUCCUCAUGGUUUAAUGAUGGGCAUGCUUUAAUUUAUUAUUAAUAUUACUUAGUGCUUUAUUUGGUUUAUGCUCAGUAUUGUAAAUAAGAAAAUUAUUUCCCAUAAAGAUAUCUUUAUUUUGUAUCUUGCAAAGUAUAAACUAAAUCUUCAAUCAUCUUUUUUAUUGUGUUGCCUGUUUUGUUUUUUUUUAAUGCAUGAGAAAAAACAGGGUUAACCAUGAAAGGAACRCCUACCUGCUUGGAAAUGGUGCAAAAAGUCUGCUACUUGUUGAAGCAUGUGUUAUUUGUCCGGAACUGCCGGGCACAGAGCUGUGAAGWAAACAUUUGGCCAUAUAAAAGAGUAUGUUGUA